UCUGAAACAAGGACAAAGGAGAUCAUACGGCUGGAGGAGCCUUCAACUAUUUAACCUUAACUUGUAGAUAUUGGAUCAUCGUUAAGCGCAAAAAUGACUCCAACUCCUCAAGUUAGUCAACGAUUUUUUGAACUAGUAAAAAAUGCUGUGACUACAUUUGUGGUCAUAGUCCUCUUCUUCAUCCUGCAGCGUGUUUUUGACAUGCAUUUUGUCUGUUCAUGCAAAGAAGGCCUCCACCCGAACGGUGUACUCUUCUUGAUUCUCCCUCCUCUAAUCCUCGCCCUCGUUGUCAACAUCACCGAACCUUUUCACAAAAUAAAGGUUGCCUCCAGCUUGUCGUGUUUUUCCUGCAAGGGCGCCAAGAAAUGCUACUGCACCUACUUUUUCAAGUGGAUUGUCAAGUACAUCGGUCUGAGCGCUGUAUGGAUAGCUGUGGUUCUGUUUGAUGGAGACUGGUACUUCUGCCUGAGGACAAACUUCAACACCUCUCAGAUUGGGCUGCCCUGCAAAAAAAACCUGACCUACGUGGAACAACGCAUCAAAGACAAAUAUAUGACAGACUCACUUGACUAUGGCCUCUACGUACUCUGUGGCUUUCUAUGUCUCUGGAGCAUAGCUGAAAUUAGGAAAGCCUAUUUCCAUUUCAUGCCAUGCAGAUGUCCUUUCUUCAUGGAUACGAAAAGUUGUUGUGUGCGGUGUAUAAGAUGUGAAUACCAUGAUCCUUACUACAGUGUGAUCUAUGAUGAACUCCUGGCACAGCAAGUCAGCAGCCAUUUGAACGAUGAGCUAAAACUGAUAGCGACGGAUAAAGCAAGAAAAAUGUGUGAGCCCUACCUUAACAAAAUCAAAAGUCAUGAACUGUCAGGAAAUUAUGAGAAUCACUGUGGUGACAAAACAGUUUCUGAAGUCUGGGAGAAAAUCUCAACCUCUGAUUUCUACUUGAAGGAAGAUGAGACAAGAAACUUAACUUAAUGGAAAACUCAACACUUUGUAUUCAAGUUUAAUAUAUUACAGUUGAAAUAUAUUUGACAGAUCCUGUAAUAUGUGUAAUGUAAAAGAAAAAAAUGUAACAUUUUAAAGGUAAAACCUGUGCAGUGUUUUUAUGUUUAGUUUAACUCAACUGCUCAGAAAAAAGGACUGUAAACAAAUACUUAAGCCAUUAUGUUGAUAUUUACUAUGUCAGUUUAUUGAAUUGCAAUAAAUAAAGUAUGAAUCAAUACAUGAAUAAAUGAUACAAUUGUUUCAUUGAGUGGCAUUGGAACCAAAACUUUAACCACAUGAAACUCCUGGACAAGUGUUUGACCGCUGAUAUGUAUUGCGGCUGAUAUAUAUAUAUACAUAUAGGAGAUUCUGCACUUUGAACCCACAUUAACUAUGUAAGUGUUGUUGAGUUCUGGUCUGGUGAGGACGAAGGACCCAAACACAGACGGAAGAAAAGUGAAUAAAAAACACUUUAUUUACACUUACAAAGUCUGGAACAAGAAGUGCUGCAGCCUGCAGGGUUUG